AUGGAUGACUGUGGAAUCGCCGACCAAAGUUACCUGUCCACUCCCACCCACCUGUUCCCCACCCACCCUGUUCCCCAGUCCACCCCACUCCCUGUUCCACCCCAGUUCCCCAGUUCCCCCACCACCCUGUUCCUGUUCCCACCUGUUCCCUGUUCCAGCCCCACCAGCCUCUGUUCCACCCUGUUCCACCUCACCCCACCUGUUCCCACCCCAGUUCAGCCCACCUGUUCCCACCCCACCCCACUCUGUUCCUGUUCCCAGUUCCCCACCUGUCUCACCCCCUGUGCUCCCAGCCCCAGCCCCCUGUUCCCUGUCCACCCUCUGUUCCCACCCCUCCACCCCACCCCACCCCAGUUCACCCCACUGUUCCUCCCACCCUGUUCCCACCUACUCCACCCCACCUGUUCCCCAGCCCACCCCCCACUCCAGCCUCCAUCUGUUCCACCACCCCUGUUCCCAGCCCUGUUCCACCCUGUCCCACCUGUUCCACCUGCCCCCACCUCUCCUGCCACCCAAAUCUGUCUGUCCUGUCUGUUCCUGUUCAGCCCUGUUCCACCACCCACCACCCCACCCCCACCCCUGUUCACCCCACCUGGCCUCACCCCACCUGUCCCACCCCUGUUCCCAGCCCCAGCUCCAGCCCACCUCACUCCUGUUCAGCCUGACCUGCCCCUGUUCAGCCCCAGCUGUUCUGCCCCACCCCACCAGCCCCCUGUUCUGCCCUGUUCCACCCUCCUGUUCCCCUGUUCCACCCACCAGCCCCACUCCCACCCCACUCCCACCUCACCACCACCCCCACCUGUUCCCACUGUUCCUGUUCCCCUGUUCCCCACCCUGUUCCUGUUCCACCCACCUCACCAGCCCUGUUCACCCUGUUCCCACUCCCAGCCCUGUCUGUUCAGCCCAGUUCCCCACCCCUGUUCCCACCCCACCUGUUCCACCCCACCACCUGUCUGUUCCCCACCCCCACCUGUUCCUGUUCCCCCACCAGCUCCCAGCCCCACCUCAGCUCCCCCAGCCCUGUUCACCCCUGUUCCACCUGUUCACCUGUUCCCAGCCCUGUUCCAGCCUGUUCACCCACCCCACCCCAGCCCCUGUUCCACCUGUUCCACCCCUGUUCCCCAGCUCCUGUUCCACCACCCACCCCUGUUCUGUUCCCCACCUCAGCCCCAGCCUCACCCCAGUUCCCACCUGUUCCACCCCUGUUCCCCAGCUCCUGUUCCACCAGCCCCCACCUCUGUUCCACUGCCCCACCCAGCCCUGUUCCCCCCUGUUCCUCCAGUCUCCCCACCCCUGUUCCCAGCUCCCUGUUCCACUCCCACCUCAGCCCCCUGCUCCACCCCACCACCCCAGCCCACCUCUCCCAGCCUCCCACCCCAGCUGUGCCCUGCUCCCACUCCAGCCUGUUCCCAGCCCCCAGCUCCUCACCUGUUCCUGUUCUGUUCCCACCCACCACCUGUUCCUGUUCCACCUCCACCUGUUCCUGUUCCACCUGUUCCCCAGCUCCCUGUUCCCACCCUGUUCCAGCCCCCACCUCAGCUCCCUGAAAUUCAGCCCCCACUCCUGUUCCCAGCUCCCAGCUCCCACCCACCCCUGUUCUGUUCCCACCUGUUCACCUGUUCCCCACUCCUGUUCCCAGCCCCUGUUCCAGCUCCUCCCCAGCCUCCAGCCCCACCCCUCUGGCCUGUUCCACAGCUCCCACCCCUGUUCAGCCCCACCUCAGCCUCACUCCCACUCAGCCCUGUUCAGCCCCCAGCCCACCCCACCAGCCCCCACCCAGCUCCUGUACCCCAGCUCACCCCAGCCCCACCUGUUCCACUCCCCAGCCUCCACCCCAGCCUCACCCCAGCCCUGUUCUGUUCAGCCCCACCCCAGCCCCAGCCUCCCCUCACCCCUGCUCAGCCCCACCAGCCUCCCCACUCCAGCCUGUUCACCUCACUCCAGCCUCAGCCUCAGCCUCAGCCUCACCCCAGCCUCACUUCAGCCUCCACCAGCACCAGCCAGCUUAGCCUUAGCUUACUAGCUUUAGCUUAG